AUGAUUCAUGCGGUGCUCAUCUUCAACACGUCUGGCGUACCCCGUCUGACAAAGUUCUACUCCCCGAUUCAUCAGUCGCAGCAGACCCUCAUCGAGAAAAUCUACGCGCUUGUGUCCGGGCGGCCGGCGGGUUUGUGCAACUUCCUCGAUGCACCCGAGCUCGAGGCGUUUCUGAAGCCUAAGGACGGCGACGGCGAGAGGCUGCGUGUCGUUUAUCGAAACUAUGCAACGCUCUACUUCGUCUUCGUGGUCGAUAGUGCGGAGAGCGAGCUCGGGAUAUUGGAUCUUAUUCAAGUCUUCGUCGAAUCCCUGGAUAGCGCAUUCGAGAACGUUUGUGAGCUAGACCUUGUGUUUCACUUCGAUGAGGCACAUCACAUCCUCGCUGAAAUCAUCCAAGGUGGUCUCGUCCUCGAGACGAAUGUUCAUGAGAUCGACCGUGCCGUACAAGACGCCGCGAAAGCACGGAAAGAAUCAUUCGCAUCUGCCAACCCCCUGUAUCUAGGUGGCGGUGGGGCUGUUGGUUCUCGGAGCGCCGGGCUGCAAACACCCUUGGGAUGGUUGGCAGGCAGGCUCACAGGGGUUGGUGCGAGAUAG